CAGGACAUCACCCUUGAGACGUUGGACGAACAAUUCGAAUUGGUGAAGGAACUCACCCUUGAAUCCCAUGUGAUGCACUACGGAAAUCUGAGCAUAGCUGAUGAACCAGUUGGCUGGUUCCAGGGCCCUCGCGAAGAUGUGUUGAUGAUUAGCGAAAGCAGUGGAAUGCCUCGUCACCAUAGAAUUUCGUGGCCAUCAAGAGACGUCGAACUUCUGCACCUUCAGAACAUAAGACUGCUCGGUGCCCACUCAUUGUCAGCCACAGUCGACCACGAAAUCGCUCGUAUUAAGGAGGAACGGCACAGAAUCGGAGAAGUCUUUACAAACCUGGUCAAGAACCUCGUUGCUGAUGAGGAUGAAAGGAGGCAACUAUUUGAAGAGAAGGGCGGCGUAGAAAAUCUCGACUGCCAUGACGAUGUUGUACGAGCAUUCGAUUCGAUCUGCAUUGAUAUCAAUAAGGUGAAUUGGUUCAAUCCAAUCCAGGGCGUAACAAAUCAUUAG